GAAGAUGUCCCAAAUAGAUAAUAUUAUCAUACAGGUGAGGGCACGUCUGCAGGCUCUGGCCAUUAAAUUAUGGUUGGAACCAUAUUACUAUGAAGGUGUUGGCUGUGUCGAAGAUGAAAUAGAGAAAUUGGCUGAUAGCUUUAGCAGUAAUUUGGGCAUAUCGAAAUCGAAUUGUAAAUUGGCCCUAAGUGAACUGCAAGAGGGUGCCUUAAGAAAAUUGGCAGCUCGCAAAGAAUUCGAACAGACUGGUUUGGCCACAUUCAGUGUACGACGCAUUAACAAUCGCCAGGGUACACAAAAUAUUGUCGAAGUCAAAUGUCGCCUCAAGGCAUUAGGUAGUGAGUUGCAUGAGAAAAUUGCUCAAGCAUUGGAUGUUGUCGAUCCGAGUCGUGUCAAAUGUAUAUCAUCGGGUAAAAUUGUCAAUUGUGAUAGUACGCUGGAGUCACAAGGUCUUAAGAAUAAUCAACAGUUAAUGGUGAUUAUCAGUGAAGUUGAUCAGACAGCGACACAAAAUCAUGAGGAAGCCAUGUAUGAUCGUAUACGUAAAAUCAAAAUGGAUGUUGAAGCUAUUGUCGAUUCGAGUCAACAAUUGUUUGAGAUGGAAGAUCAAGACGGUAAUCCCGUAUUUCUGCCACCUGCCGAAAAUCGUGCCCUACUAAUGGCCAUGAGCUAUUAUGAAAAGGCUCGAGCUGCCAUGAAACGUGAACAAUAUGAUGAAGCAUUGAUACUAUUAUUGGAAUCGGAUGAAAAGUUUAUAACGUGUAAUUCGAAAUUUUUGGAAGCCGUUGAUAAUUAUGCCUUAGUCAAUUUGGAUAUUGUUUGGUGUUAUUUGUGCCUAAAGAACGUCACCCAAUUACCUGAUGCCCAGAGACGCCUUGAUAUCUGUGAGAAAAGUUUUCGCCGUUCGUAUGGUGAAAAUCUACAACGUCUAAUAACGUUGAAGGGGAAUGGCUGUGCCGAAAAGGCUCUGAUAAUGCGUUUACAUUUACUACAAGGUGUAGUAUUGUUUCAUCAAAAUCGACGUAACGAAGCCUACGAGAAGUUAAUAGUUGCCGAAUCAGAAUUGGAUGGCCUAAAGGUGGAUGAUGGAUCGGUGGUGGCAUUAAUGGAAAUGGGUUAUGAACCAUAUGAAGCGCGUUUGGGUUUGAGAGCUUGUAAUGGAAAUCUAGAGCAAGCCAUUAAUUUUAUACACGACCGCAAAGCAAAAUUGAGAGAGGCAAGACAGAAUUCGAAAGAAGAACGUAAAUUAAAUGCCAAAUUAGCGCAUGAAAAUAAUGGUAAUGGCAAAGAUUGGGUAAAUCCACGUAGUGUUUGCACUCUCAUGGAGAUGGGUUAUGCAAGGGAUGUUGUCGUUGAGGCCUUAAAACGUACCAAAAAUGAUGUACCCAAAGCGUUGGAUUUAUUAAACACCAAUGCCGAGGAGUUAAGUCGCAGUCUUCCUCCUCCUCAAACAGCUGAUAGCGAAAUACUAACACAACUACAGCAAUUAGGUUUCACCGAAGACAUGGCCCGUGUUGCCUUGGAGACGACACAAAAUAGCCUCGACAAGGCAAUUGAAUUUCUUAUCAAAACACAUGGCAGUGAAACGGAAUUACUAACCGCAAUGGAACGUAUUUCAACUAGUGCUGCCGCCGCUGCCUCUGACAUGGUUGCCAAUCAGGACAAUGAAGGACCAUCUACAUCCUCGGGUGUCACAUCGUUGGUAACCAAAGCAUUGGAUAAAGCACAAAAAGAAAUCGAGUCGCUAAAGGCCUAUAAACGUUUCACCGAAGAAAUGCCCGACAAUGAACAUGACUAUUUAGACUUACCACUCGUGCAGGAGGAACAAAUUCUUGUUGAAUAUAAACGUCUAUUGGAACAAUAGCAACGACCGCAAUGCA